UAAUGAAUGAAAACAACAAAACGUUAAUUCAAUGUAUUGUUCGUUAAGUUUAUCGAAAAUUUAACAAAAAUUAUAUAAAAAUUAAUGAAAUUAUUGUUAAUUUAAACGAAAACAAUGAGUGAAUUGAAUAAUAGAUAUAAAGAUAGACAUCAAAGACAUCAAAGACAUCAAAGACAUGAAAGUCGUGAAAGACAUCGAUUUGAUAGUAAAGACAGUUCACGACAAACGAGUGACAAUCGGUUCAGACAUCGACAUCAAAGUAGACAUCGAAAUGAAGACAAACGUGACAGACAUGACCACAGAAGCAGAUCGAGAAAGAGUAGAGAUAGAGAUACACAAAGAAGUCAUAGAAGUACUUCAAAGAAUAGACACAAAUCUAGUGAUGAUCACCGAAGAAGACGAAGACAUUCAUCUUCUUCUUUAGCUUCGAAUGGCGUCAGUUCUGUCAGAAGUCUGAGCAAAGAACUUAUGUCAUUGUCUUCGAGUGAAAGUUCAGAUGAAGAAAGCAGACAAAGAAGUGCUGUAAUUGCAGCAAAGGUUGCCUCCAGUCAGAUGGAAAUACUCGAAGAAAGGGAAAGAUUGAAGACUAAAGGCAAAGAAGAGAAAAAACGUCAAAAAGAGAUAAUAAAGGCUUUGGAAACUCCAGAAGAGAAACGAUUGAGACGUUUGGCAAAGAAAGAAGCGAAAGAACGAAAACGGAAACAAAUGAGUGGUUGGGAUGAAGAGUAUAUGGGAUAUACAAAUGCAGACAAUCCUUUUGGUGACUCAAAUCUUCACAAGACAUUUGUCUGGACAAAGAAAUAUGAAAAGUUGGGACUUAAAAAUGUUCGCGAAGAAGAAAUUCAUGAAAUGAAUAGCAAGAAAAUGCAAUUAAAUCGCAUUGAAUUAGAAAAAGUUAAACAAAGAAGACUUGAAAUGGAGAGAGAAAGAGAAAUCAGAGACGAAGAGAUGUCACGAUUGCAGAGAGAAAGAGAAGCGGAUCAGUUCAAAGAAUGGGAGAAACAGGAAGAUAUAUUUCACUUAAAACAGGCCAAACUUAGGUCUAAAUUAAGAAUACGUGAUGGAAGAGAUAAACCAAUUGAUUUGCUCGCCAGAUAUAUCAGUACUUUUGGUGAAGACAUUGGAACUGAAGAAGACGCGGAUAAAAUGGAGGACAUGACGGCUGACUUAAUUGAACCGUAUAUGUAUCUCAACGGACUUCGUAUCAAUGAUUUAGAUGACUUAGUAGAAGAUAUUAAAGUAUAUAUGACUUUAGACAGUGACAAGAAUAUAGAUUUCUGGAAAGAUUUACAGAUUAUAGUCGACGACGAGUUAAACAAACUUAAGAAAUAUAAAUUAGAGAAUAGUGUUGAAAGAAGAGAAGGCAUUAAUCCUGCCGUUAGUCAAGAUGUGGUUCAAGUGUUUGCAGGCAAAACACCGAUGCAAUUACAAGUAUUGCAAACACAAAUUGAACUCAAAAUACGAUCUAAUGAAGAAGGUAUAGACAUUGGUUAUUGGGAAUCGUUAUUAUCACGUCUUAAGGCACAUAUAGCCAGAGCUAGACUUAAAGAACUUCACGAACAGAACCUCAAGAAACAGAUCAAUCGACUGGAGAAACAAACGGACGAACCAUUGUUUCCUAUUAUUAAUAAUGAUAUACAGUUAGACACUGAAGAUCCCACAACAAGUUCUGCAGUUAAUGAUUUUACAGAAGAUAUUAGUGAACAAUUUGAUCCAAACAUUAAGUGUGUUGAAGUUUAUCAAUUUGGACAAUACUCUCCAAAAAUGUUAUCAAUGAGUGAUGUCGAGUCAAAUGCAUUAAUAAUUGAAGUGAAAGACGAUAUCAAGCAUUUGGAACAACAAAGAAGAGAAGUGUUGAGGAAUGAAAUGAUUGAAACUCAAAGAAAACCAGUUUUGAGUUCCGCUGAACAAGAAUUUGAAAGAGAGGCUCGAAAAGGAAUGACUGACGACGAGGCAGUCUUUAGUGUUGAGGAACAGAUUAAACAAAUAGAGAAACAAUAUUCUUGGUCUGAUAAAUACAGACCACGAAAACCACGAUAUUUUAAUAGAGUACACACAGGGUUUGAGUGGAAUAAAUAUAAUCAAACCCAUUACGAUGUGGACAACCCGCCACCCAAAGUGGUUCAGGGAUACAAAUUCAAUAUAUUUUAUCCCGAUUUGAUUGACAAAUCAAAGUCACCACAAUUCAAGAUCACUCCCUGUUCUGAUAAUAAAGAAUUUGGAUUCAUUAGGUUCACCGCUGGUCCGCCAUAUGAAGACAUUUGCUUUAAAAUAGUCAACAGAGAGUGGAACUACUCGUAUAAGAGUGGCUUCAGAAGUCAGUUCCACAACAAUAUACUACAACUUUGGUUUCAUUUCAAGAGAUAUCGUUAUCGCAGAUAAACUAACACUUUGUCUGUUUGUUAUCAAAUCUAAACUUUCAU